AUGCGAUCCUUAAAGCACCUGAAGCCUCACAGGAGGAGUGUGGAGGAGGCGAGCCGGCGCCUGGGUAGAUGUGAUCCCAAGGUAAUGGCCAGGCUGGUGGACACAGGCACACAAACAGAUCCAGUAGUUGUGCUGUCCUUGGCCCAGGCCGCCGUGCUAGGUCUCAUUUCCCAGAAUGAAGUCUUUGGCGCAACCAUCGCACCCAACGGCUUCUACACCGGUGAGCCUAAAGAGUCACCCGCGCCACAAGUAGACGGAGUGGACUACGAGUACGCGGACCAGCUUAUUGGCGCCAACGGAGAUUACCUCGGGGACAAUUUGGCGGAAGACGGACAGAUGCAACCCAGCUGUAGUCAGAGAAGAUGGCAGCAGGGGCCUCCUCAGCACCCUGACGUGAAAAUGGUGGUCCCUGAACGCCAUGUCCUCCAAGGCGGUGAUGGGACAGUCGCUCACAUUAAAGGGGAAGUCGUGAACUCUGUCAUGACCUCAUGUGUCCACAUGCUUAACAAUAUGGCUCCCAGGGGGGGUUUAGUUCAAGUGGAUCCGGCGACCCUGAGAGGAACCAACAAGAACUGUUCGGAGUGUGAGCGGGAGGCCUCUAACCACCAGCAGAAUGCCGCUACCCACGUCCACGCUCCGCCUCCCACCCAGGUGGUUCACCGAGGAGGGGAGCACAGAGGAUUGCAGGGCCAGCGACCUCUAGGGCCCCACGGCCGAGGUGUCCGUGAGGGUGAGGAGGAGGUAGAUCACCAGGGCAAUAACAUGAUGAAGCCCAACCAGCAAGAUGAAGCCAUCAGCAGUUACUUCCAGACCAGUGAAGUGGGCAGCUAUGAUUCGGGGGAAAUGUCCAUGGGGAAUGAGUAUGAAGAUGGCAGCCAGAACAUGAUGUGGACGGAUGGAAGCGGCGCCGGGGGUGGAGGUGGGCAGCACCAGCAACCUCAGCCUCCGCAGCCCCCUCGUCGACACGGCGGCCGCAGAGUGGACCGCUUAGACAUCAACAUCCAAAUUGACGAAUCGUACUGCGUAGACGUGGGCGACGGCCUGAAGCGCUGGAAAUGCCGCAUGUGCGACAAGUCGUACACGUCCAAGUACAACCUGGUCACGCACAUCCUGGGCCAUAACGGCAUCAAACCGCACGCGUGCCCUCACUGCGGCAAGCUCUUUAAGCAGCCCAGCCACCUCCAGACCCACCUGUUGACCCACCAGGGCACGCGACCACACAAGUGCACCGUGUGCAAAAAAGGCUUCACACAGACCAGCCACCUGAAGCGCCACAUGCUGCAACACACCGACGUCAAGCCGUACAGCUGCCGCUUUUGUCGCCGCGGCUUUGCCUACCCCAGCGAGUUGCGGGCACACGAAGUCAAGCACGAGCGUGGCCGCUGUCACGUGUGCUCUCAGUGCGGCCUGGAGUUCCCCACCUAUGCCCACCUCAAACGCCACCAGACCAGCCACCAAGGGCCUCACACCUUCCAGUGCACAGAGUGCAACAAGUCUUUCGCCUACCGCAGUCAGCUUCAGAACCACCUUCUGAAGCACCAGAGUCCCAGACCUUACACCUGCUCCCAGUGCGGCUUGGAGUUUGUGCAGCUGCACCACCUACGCCAGCACUCGCUCACCCAUAAGGGCAUGAAAGGCCACAAGUGCGAAGUGUGCUCGCGCGAAUUUACACUAUCAGCCAACCUCAAGAGACAUAUGCUGAUCCACAACAGCGUUCGGCCCUUCCAGUGUCACGUGUGCUUCAAGAGCUUCAUCCAGAAGCAGACACUCAAAACGCACAUGAUCGUCCACCUGCCUGUGAAGCCCUUCAAAUGCAAGGUGUGUGGUAAGUCUUUCAACAGAAUGUACAACCUACUGGGUCACAUGCAUCUGCACGCUGGCAGUAAACCCUUCAAGUGUCCCUACUGCACCAGCAAGUUCAAUCUGAAGGGCAACCUAAGCAGGCACAUGAAGGUCAAACAUGGCAUGGAUGUGUCACCUGAAGGACAAGAAGUACUACCUGAAAUGGAGAGCCAGCCAGAGUAUGAAAGCCAGAACUUCAGCUUCACGUCAGCCGACAACAUGGACAAUAACGGCUCGCAAAACCUCACCAAGCUGACCACUGCUAGCAUGGAUGACAUGGAGGAGUACUACAACUUUGGCAAGGACACGAGUACCUACACCACACCCUAA